AUGGAUGCACAUUGGCAUUUUCGUCCGAGUGUAUUGUUUGUGUUGGUCGCCGCGCUCGGGGCUCUCGCGUGCGUGUCCGUCCGGCGAUACUGGAUCCGCCGUCACUUCGCAGCCCGCUAUGGGUGCCAGCCGGUUGCUAGAUCCCUCAAUAGAGAGCCCUUCUUGGGACUCGACACCAUCCCCGGCUUGCUCCGCGCUAUUAGACAGCACACCUUGCUAGAAAGAACCUGCGGAUACUACCGUGUCUACGGCAACACGUUCAAGCUGAAGGAGCUGCAGAGGCGUGCGAUCUUGACCAUCGAGCCGGACAAUAUAAAGACAGUCCUGUCGCUCAAGUUCGAGGACUUUGGGAUCAGCUAUCGACUGGACGCGUUCAGGCCGCUCCUGGGAGAGGGCAUCUUUGACACGGACGGCGACCACUGGGCUUCCUCGCGAGCCCUGAUCCGGCCUAGCUUCGCGCGUGACCAGGUCGCCGACUUGACGACGUUGGAGGACUUGUUCCAAGACCUAUUACUGCUCCUCCCGCGUGAUGGUGAGACCACCGUGGACUUGAUGGACCUCUUCUUCCGCUACACCAUCGACUCGGCCACCGAGUUCCUGUUCGGAAAGUCCGUGGGCACGCUGAAGAAGCUGAUAGCUCGGUCGGAGGACCCCGACUUCGCCCAGGCAUUCCACUACGCCCAGAAGGCCAUCCUGACGCGCGGCACGCUGGGCUUCCUCAAUGUCUUCUACCGUGACCGCAAGGCCGAGGAGUGCAACCGCAUCUGCCGCGAGUUUGCCCAGCGCGCCAUCGAGGAGGCACGCCAUGCCGUCGAGGUGGAAAAGGGAAACACGAAAGGAUUCGUAUGUGGGUCAGCUCGCCAAAAACAUGUGUUUGCACAGGAGCUGGCAUCUCGGACAACGGAUAAAAAACGCAUCCUGGAUGAGUCGAUGAACCUGCUGCUGGCUGGCCGUGAUACAACUGCUAGCCUGCUUACCAACCUCUUCUUCAUGUUGGCCAAAAAUCCAGAGAUGUGGGAGAAGGUGCGCAGAGAGGUGGCGGUCUUGGAAGGCCGUCCACCAACUUAUGAAGAGCUUCGGAGUUUCAGAUACGUCCAUUGCUGCAUGAAUGAAUCGCUCCGGUUGCAUCCAGUUGUGGCACGCAAUGAACGCAUGGCGGUACGAGACACGGUCUUGCCACUUGGGGGAGGCAAAGAUGGGCUAUCGCCAGUCUUGGUGACAAAAGGGACCACAGUCUCGUAUAACAUAUACGCGAUGCAUCGACGGAGAGAUCUGUAUGGGCCGGACUCGGAAGAGUUUCGUCCAGAGCGUUGGGAGGAUGGAAAGUUGCAGCCGCGCUGGGGAUACUUGCCGUUUAAUGGCGGCCCGCGCAUCUGCAUCGGCCAGCGGUAUGCCUUGACCGAAGUCGGUUAUGUCCUUGUCCGGAUGGCCCAAGAGUUCCGGACCUUGGAGAGUAUGAAUCUAGCCCCUUGGGAGGAAUCGCUGGCCUUGACCUUGAGCUCCCGGGAUGGAGCAAAGGUGUGUCUCACUCCUGCUUGA